AUGGGUGUUUUGAACCGCUUUGUUUUGAUUGCUGUGUUGUGCAUUCUUGUUGUGGGUAGUUUUGGGGUGGCUGAUCAUGGGGUUAGUGGAGUUGAUGAUAAAAAGCGUUUGAUACAUCGUCCAUUUUUGUUCAAAGCCAAGGGAGGAGGUCUAGGACGUGGGAUAUAUAAGAAGGGUUUUAGGCAUGGCAUUGGUGGUGGUCUAGGUGGUGGUUUUGGUGGUGGUGGAGGUAUUGGUGGAGGAGGUGGUUUAGGUGGGGGUGCUGGUGGAGGCUUUGGUGGUGGUGGAGGGCUAGGUGGCGGUGGUGGAGGAGGAUUAGGUGGUGGAGGAGGUCUUGGGGGUGGUGGAGGCCUAGGUGGUGGUGCGGGAGGAGGAUUAGGUGGUGGAGGUGGUCUUGGUGGAGGUGCUGGUGGUGGAGUUGGUGGAGGCCUGGGUGGUGGUGCGGGAGGAGGAUUAGGUGGUGGAGGUGGUGUUGGUGUUGUUGGGGGUGCAGGUGGUGGAUUGGGUGGUGGUCACAAGCUUGGAGGAGCAGGAGGUGGAUUGGGCGGUGGUGGGGGACUUGGCGGUGGCCAUGGGCUGGGUGGAGGUGCAGAAGGUAGAUUGGGUGGUGGUGGAGGACUUGGCGGUGGCCAUGGGCUGGGAGGAGGUGCAGGAGGUGGAUUGGGUGGUGGUGGACUUGGCAGUGGCCAUGGGCUGGGUGGAGGUGCAGGAGGUGGAGUGGGUGGUGGUGGAGGACUUGGCGGUGGCCAUGGGCUGGGUGGGGGUGCAGGAGGUGGAUUGGGUGGUGGUGGAGGACUCGGUGGGGGCCAUGGGCUUGGUGGAGGUGCAGGAGGUGGACUAGGAGGGGGUGGAGGACUAGGUGGUGGCCAUGGGCUGGGAGGUGGAGGCGAAUUAGGUGGUGGUGCAGGUGGUGGAGGUGGAGUAGGGCUCGGUGGAGGUGGUGGUGCUGGAGGAGGAGCUGGAGGAGGGCUUGGUGGAGUUGGUGGUGCUGGUGGAGGUUUUGGAGGUGGAGGAGGAUUUGGUGGUGGUGGUGGAGUUGGGGGAGGAUUUGGAGUUGGUGGUGGAUUUGGCAAAGGUGGAGGACUUGGGGCUGGUGGGGGUGCAGGUGGAGGGGGUGGGGGUGGCUUCGGUGGAGGUGGAGGUGGGGGUGCUGGCUUUGGCGGCGGAGCUGGCUUUGGUGCUGGUGGUGGAGGUGGGCACUAG